GAGCCCGAUUUCUAGAGCUUUCCGAGUCUCGCGUUGAUUUUAUGCCGGCACGAGUGCGAUCGAGAGGUUUCGCGAAGAAUCGCGCGAGUCAUUCCCGCAUUGCAUUUCUUUCCGGUGAGCGGUCGGACAGAGAUAGUCGUCGCGCACGAGGUAGAGACAUAUAUUCCAGCGCACGUAAAAUGGAUCAGGUAACAUCGUUGAAAGAGAAUGGUAAUGCUGCUCUGCAAGAGGGCAAGUUCGACGAGGCCAUCAAGUAUUACACUGAGGCAAUUGCUUUGGACGGUGGUAAUCAUGUGCUCUAUAGCAAUCGCUCGGCAGCAUAUGCCAAAGCUGAGAAGUACAAGCAGGCAUUGGAAGAUGCUGAGAAGACUGUUAGUCUGAAACCAGACUGGGCCAAGGGUUACUCGCGCAAGGGCAGUGCCCUGGCGUACCUUGGCAGAUACGAAGAGUCCAUCAACGCUUAUGAGAAGGGUCUUCAGUUGGACCCGAAUAAUGCACAGCUCAAGAGUGGUUUGGCCGAGGUGAAAGCACAGCGAACAGCAGCUGCAUCGAAUCCAUUCAAUUCUCCGGAUAUUCUCAUUAAAUUAGCCAACGACCCCAGAACAAAGGGUUACCUGUCCGACCCAGACUACAUAAAACUACUGCAAGAACUGCGAACCAAUCCACAAAGUCUUGGUACUAAGCUGCAAGACACUAGAGUACUUACAACUCUCAGUGUGCUGUUAGGAAUGAGCACCGACAUGGAGGAGCCGAUGGAGACCGAGCCGAUGCAUGCACCGGAACAGCCAAAACCCAAGCCGGAACCAAAGCCUGAGAGAAAGAAAGGAGAAGAGAAUCUACCGGCGGAAAAGAAGAAAGCGCUCGAAGAGAAGAAUCUCGGUAACGCCGCCUACAAGAAGAAGAACUUUGAGGAGGCGCUGCAGCAUUACAACAGAUCUGUGGAGUUGGACCCGACGGAGAUCAUCUACCUGCUGAACAUAGCGGCGGUGUAUUUCGAGCAGAAGGAAUACGAGAAGUGCAUCAGCCAAUGCGAGAAGGCCAUCGAGAUCGGCCGCGAGAACAGGGCAGACUUCAAGCUGAUAGCGAAGGCGUUCACGAGGAUCGGUCACGCCUACAAAAAGAUGGGGAACUGGAAGCAGGCCAAGGUGUACUACGAGAAGUCCAUGUCGGAGCACAGGACUCCGGAGAUCAAGACCUUGCUCUCAGACAUAGAUAAGAUAAUCAAGGAGGAGGAGAGGAAGGCUUACAUCGACCCGGUGAAAGCGGAGAGCGAGAAGGAGCUCGGUAAUCAAAAGUACAAAGAUGGCGACUACCCCGCGGCGAUAAAGCACUACUCGGAGGCGAUCCUGCGUAACCCGGACGAUCCCAAGUACUACAGCAACAGGGCAGCUUGUUACACCAAAUUGGCGGCGUUCGACCUCGGACUGAAGGACUGCGAGAAGGUGGUCGAGUUGGAUCCGAAGUUCAUCAAGGGCUGGAUCAGAAAAGGGAAGAUCCUACAGGCGAUGCAGCAGCAGGGCAAGGCGCUGUCAGCGUACCAGAAGGCGUUGGAGUUGGAUCCGCAGAACAGCGAAGCGCUGGACGGCUACCGUUCCUGCGCCGUGUCUGCCACUUCCAAUCCCGAGGAGGUCAGGAAGAGAGCGAUGGCGGAUCCGGAGAUACAAAGCAUACUGCGAGACCCGGCGAUGAGGCUGAUCUUAGAGCAAAUGCAGAGUGACCCACGGGCUCUCCAGGACCACUUGAAGAAUCCCGACAUAGCCGCUAAAUUACAAAAACUCUUAGAAUCUGGUCUCAUAGCUAUUCAUUGAAGACAUACGCUAACCACAUGGGAUACUUAUCGUCAUACUGCUCUUAAAACAAAAAAAAAAUCUGUGUUCAAAAUGUCACUCGAAGUAGAAGUUACGUUGUACACACGAUUCUUUCAUGCGGAUGCAGUGGCCUUUAGUGUCAUCGACGACUUUUGCAUCGUGAGUCUUGUCACAGUGAUCAAAUGUAUACCGAUACCUAUAUACAACACAUACGUGCGAAGCACUGUGUGCAAAUGAGAAAAGAAAAGUGGAGCUACGGACUAUUGUGUAAUAUUUACAUAAAAAAAACUUACAGUUGGAUUGGUGGCUGAGCUAAAUGAACAUCACCUUGGCAAUUGAUACUCGAUAGCGCUGUUGUAUGUUUUAGAUAAAAACGCGUUUGCAUAAUUAAGAUAAUCCGUAAUGGUGACCUCUUUAUGAAAUUAUUUCUGCAUAUUUACGAGGCAAAUUGCUACUUUAUACCUUACCAAUGGUUUAGUUUUUAGUACUGACAUUAGUUACACAACGCGCGAAAUAUGAAGCUAUGCUAAAACGAAGAAGCGGAAGGCUAAUAUGAGGAAUGCUUAUGGAAUAAACUUUUUAAGCUGAAGCUAUCUCUUUGAGAAUAUUGUUUUUAUCAAUGCCUUGUUUACCGAGUUCGUUAUAUAAGCUUAAAAACGAAGAAAAAAGAAUGCAACACGUAGCUACAUAAAUGCAAAAGUCUCUUUGAUUUAACAUUUGAACACUAUUUGAACUUUAGUCGUUUGACAAUGUCAUUUUAUUCAUAUAUUGUAAAUAAAUGAUCCGGCUGACUUGUUGUUGAAUUAUACUACGACCUCGAUUUGUCGGUAACUACACUUUUAAAAUAUCCAGUUCCAAAGUAUCAACCGCGAGUUACUAUUAUCGACGAGUCGAAGUCGUAGUACAACUCAACGUCUGGUCGGAAAAAGCAU